UGAUUACAAAAGGAAGAGAGGCAGCGAGUGCUACUCUGCAGCAAGCACAGGGUGGACAAGUUCAGAUGUGAGAGAUUGCGAGAGAGAGAGAGAGAAAGAGAAAGAAAGUAAGAGAGGGAGAGGGAGAGACAUAAAAUUUGUCUGAGAAAGGUUAACAGGACUGACUGAGUAGAGUGGGAGUGUAAAAAUGUAAGAGCAAGUAGGAGGGAAGAGAGAGAGAGAGAGGAGAAGAGAAAGGGAGGAGAGCGUGUCUGAUAGACAGUCUGUUGAGCUUGUCUGGAUGCGUCUGAUCAUUCUGCUCACACAGGUGCAUGUGGAGCGUCUGUGAACAUGGAUGGACACGCUUUGUGACGAUGGGUCAAACAGAGGGACGGAUGGAUGGAUGGAUGGAGGAACGAAUCGUGACGACCUUGGACCUAACUCUCCGCAGCGCUUGCCAGAAGACUGUAGUCUGUGUCACAUGACCACAACACCUCCUCAACUUCUGCAGGGGGGCAUGCAGUGCCAGUGUGAGUGACAGGCAGCGUGAGCCAAUGAGCUUCACACCAAACCCAGCUCUAGUCCCAGACAGGGACAGACUCCCACUCAAAAAGAGGGACCAAAGACCGAGCUCACCACAGCAGCAGCAGCAGCAGCAGCACUGUGAUGCUGCAACAUUCAAGGCACCCUACCCUUACAAGAGCCACAGUGAGUUUAAAACAAAGCACACAGGCCCUUUCCAGCCCGUACCGAGACGGGUUCCUGCACUGUACCAGCCCUGGAUGCAGACUCACUCAUCCGCCAGGUCCAAACCUCACAACCUCUCUGCGUUCAGGGAUCAUCAUGGCCUGGCAGAGUGGCGAGAGUUCAACCCCCUGCACCCUGCAUGGGCUUUUUCUCACUACUAUCAGCACCACGGCCACUCGUCCGACACACCCGCACUCCACCUGGGCCAUCCACACCAUCCCUCCAGAUUCAGCCCAGUCUCCUUGGUCACUGAAGGUUUCCAAAGGGUGGGUGGAGGGUAUGGCUGGGAGCAGCUCAAGACAUUAAGGGACAAGAGUUUAAACACAGAGAGGCAGAGCAAUGUGAGGAAUAAAGGACCAUAUGUGAAGAGAAGAGACAUAAAAGCUGAGCAUUUCCCCAGGGUUGAAAAAGCAAGUCCUCCAUCUUUGAGCACAUGCCUACCUCACUCUUCGCAUGAGGACCUUAAAAUGCAAUAUGAUGCGUUGCACAAAUCAGCAAAGGGUGUCAAACAUCCCACUUCUGGACAUUCCUUCAUAAGAGUUUCCCCUGACGACAACUCAAGCAACACAUACACCUCCAUGAAGGAGGACGCAUCCAGAUCUCCUGCUCUGCCCUCUUCUGAGCAGGCUUCUUCCUCCUCUUCCUCUCCUAACCACUUUCCCUGGCUGCUCCCUCACUUUGUGGCAGGCUCUCUGAUCGAGCUCAGAGACGGGCGGCUGAGGAGGGUGGAACACCUGCAGACGGAAGACUUCCUGCUGGGAUCACUGGCCUGUCCAGACCUGCGCCUGAGCUGCUGCACGGUGCAAAGCAUCUCUCCUUCGGCCUCCUCCGCCACCAUUUCGCGGCUCCUUAUCCUGCUUCACGACCAGCCGUCCCAGGAGUUGGUGGACGUCUAUGUGGAGUACCCCUUCUUUGUGCGUGGGAGAGGCUGGUCCUCCUGCAGCCCUCAGAGGACUGCCCGUCUCUGUGGCCUGCAUUGCCGCCAGCUCAGUGUUGGGGACGUCUGCCUGGCUCUCACCCCUAUCUCAGCCCCCCAGCCUCCAGCGUCGGCCACCCUGGAGCCAAAAACCUCACCCAGUAAGUCAGAGGGAGGGUGUGAGUCUUUAGAGGCACCACAACCCCAGAUUCCCCUAGGGCCAGAGCGGCAAGCAUGGGGGCAGAAGAAGGAGGCAGAGGCAGUCCGCAGGAGACACUAUUCGGCCCCUUAGUUGAGAGGUCCAAGGAGUAACUGCAUGUAGUGUGGGGAGGCUUGCUGUUUAAAGGACAGGGAGCAUGUCAAUCUCUUUUAAGCUCUGCUAUUGUCAGCCUAUAUCUGCUGUCUUUCUACCUCCUGAAUUAUAUUUCUGUGCUUGACUGUCGUUUUUUCAAUUGUAUCUAAGGAGUGAAAGAGGAUAGAUAGGACGAACUCUCAGGAUUCCCCCAGAGGUAAACUUAAAUUAGCAUAUUUGUCAAGGUAAGUCAGGGAUCAAACACUGACUAUGUGAGUUGAGUUAAACAUUACAUUUGCUGUGAGCCUGAUCAAAGUCUAUGAUAACACAGAAUUCAGAUCUUACUUGUGUGAAAUUGGAGAACCAAAGUGUACAUAUAUGUUGCCACAGGGAGCUGCUUCUGCGACAGUGAAUCUGAGGAAGAUCUGGGGAAGUUUUAAAGCGAGAGUUCACAUUUUUUCAAGCAGUUCUGACAAAAUCGGCCCACGUUCCUUGAAAAGCACAGAAAAAUACUCCCUCAGGUCCUUUACUGCUGAUGAUCAUAUCGUUUCUAGUUAUAUCUUUCCUGUCUUACAUUAUGUAAGACUUCUUUACGAUUAUAAAACGAUAGGUUUCAUUCCAAAUUACUGUAUAUCCUUAAUGCCAGAAACCUUUUUUUUUUUAAAUGAUUGAGAGUGACCUUUCACAUUGACAGUCAACACCACUUUUGAUUGCAUCAGUAGGAUUAUGUUUUACGCUUCUACCUCUAUUUUAUAUUCAAGGUGAUAGUGAUAAUCGGUGAGUUUGUGUGUGGGCUGUGUUGUAAUAUUCUACUGUUGGAAGCUCUCAGCUUCUUGGUAAAUGUCAGUGUGAAUGCCUUUAUUUGCCUGGUUGUUACAGUAUAUAACUGCUUUGCUUUUGUACUGAAGCUCUUUUUUUAAAUGCCUGUUCCAUUGUCAAGAGUGGAGAUGCUUGUGCCGUUCAAGUACUUUAAAAGCACAAUCUGUGAUUGGUGUACAGUGCUAAAUGUCAGCACCAAAACAUGGUUUCCUCCUGAGUAUACAUGGCCCACAUUUUGACGAACAAUUAAAUUGUACAAAAUGAAAAUGCAGACCAUGUGGACUCAACUAUGAUGUCACAGUUAGGGCAGAUAAGGUGCUGUACACACAGAUUGGGUCUUUACUUUGUGAAAAAGUUAUCUCACUGUUAAAUAAAUGUGUUAAGUUAUUUGCAUAUUGUUUUCACAUAAAUCUCCAAAACCCAUUAAUAACUCACAAAAACAUCAAAUAACUAGCCAAAUGUGUGUUGAA